AUGGUGUCUCCUGCCAUCGCUCUGGCCUUCAUCCCCCUCCUGCUGACACUGCUCAUCAGGUACCGUUACUACUUUGUGCUGUUCUAUCGGGCCGUCCUGUACAGGAUAUGGAAGGACUGUAUGACUGGUCUGAGUCGAGAGGAACGGGUCUACCAGUACGUUCUUACUCAUGCCAUCCCCGGAGACCCUGAAAGCAUCCUGGAUGCCUUCGACGCCUGGUGCAGCAAGGUGGAGUUCAUCAGCAACAUUGGGCCUAAGAAAGGGAAGGUCCUGGACCGGCUGCUGAUGAACCAGAGUCCUUUGACCGUGCUGGAGCUGGGGGCCCACUGCGGGUACAGCACCGUGCGGAUCGCCCGAGCUCUGCCCCUGGGUGCCAGGCUCUACAGCAUCGAGAUGGACCAGAGGAAUGCCGCCAUCGCAGAGAAAAUCGUCCGCCUGGCAGGAUUUGAUGACGACACAGUUGAGCUCAUUGUGAAUCCAUCCGAUGAAGUCAUCCCUCGGCUGCGGUCUGACUACGGUUUGGAGCGUCUGGAUUUCGUCUUCAUGGACCAUUGGAAGAAAUCCUACUGUCCUGAUCUGCAGAUGCUGGAGGGCUCUGGUCUGCUGGGGAAAGGGUCUAUGAUCGUGGCGGACAACGUGCUGUUUCCCGGGGCGCCAAAGUUCCUCAGACACAUUCGUAAGAGCGGCCUUUAUGAGUGGAAGAUCCACCGGGCCAUGCUGGAGUACAGCAAGGGCAUCAGGGAUGGCAUGGCUGAGCUGGUCUACCAGGGAAUCAAGUAA